CAUCAAGGUUCCUCCCAUCAAUCCUCUUUGUUUUUGUGUUUCCCACGCCUCAUGAGAUACCCCUUCAUUCCACUGCGUUUUUGCAUUAUUCGCUACCAUUAUACCAGUAUCCACUAGCCGUACCCGACCAAUUAAGCUCUACUUGUACAUACAAAGCAAGGCGACCCGGCCGCCCUCAGCUCAGACCGUCCGAACUCGAAACCGCCGUCCGAAACAGGCCGGCCAGCACCAACGGCCUUUCCCCGUGAUUGUCCGUAUCCUCAAUUACCUCUCCCAACGACGUACUCGAACUCCCGCCAUCCAAUCCAUCAAUCCCCAACCCCAAUCUCAAUCCCGCCACCCCGAAAUCCCAUCCACCAACCACUAAACCCAAAAGACAACCCACCACCGGCAACCCAACCAUGGCGCCACCCCUCGAGAUCUCCAUCCCCAGCACCUCCAUAAACACCCCCGCCGACAACAACAAAACCAAACCCCACACCCUCUACAACAUCACCAUCCGCCUGCCCCUGCGCUCCUUCGUCGUCCAGAAGCGCUACUCCGACUUCGCCGCCCUGCACCAAGCCCUGACCUCCCUGGUCGGCACCCCGCCGCCCUCCCCGCUGCCCGGAAAGUCCUGGUUCCGCUCGACCGUCGCCUCGCCCGACCUGACCGAGCAGCGCCGCGCGGGGCUCGAGCGCUACCUGCGCGCCGUCGCCGAGCCGCCCGACCGCCGGUGGCGCGACACGCCCGCGUGGCGCGCGUUCCUGAACCUACCUGCGGCUGCGGGGGGCGGUGGCGGUGGGGCGUCGGCGUCCGCCUCGGGGGUGAGCAUCGAGGCGCGCGUGCCGGCGAUUGGGCUGCGCGAUGCGAAUCUGGCGGCGGCGAGCGAUCCGGCUACGUGGGUGGAUCUGAAUAAGGAGAUGAAGCGGGAGCUGGGCGUGGCGCGCGCGGCGCUGGCAAGGAAGGAGCAUGCGACCGCGGACGGGGAGGUGCGGGAGGCUGAGGCCCAGGCGAGGAGGGCGCUGAUAAAGGCGGGCAGCCUGAUGGGGCCGCUGGAGGAGGGGCUGCGUGUGAUGAAGGAGAGUGGGCGGUUGGGCGGCGGGGAGUUUACGCGGAGGAGGGAUGCGGUCGAGGCGGCCAAGUAUGAGAAGGGGUUGCUGGAUCAGCUGGCCGCGGCGUUGGCUACGCGGGGGGGUGCGGGCGGGAGCAAGGAGCAGGGCGAGAGUGAUCGGGCGAAGCUGGUGGGCACGCGGAGGCCGGUCGGGCGGACGAUUGGCGCGCCGCUGCCGGAGACGGAGGAGACGAGGGAGCUGGACAACGCGGGCGUGCUGCAGCGGCAGAAGGUGGUCACCCAGGAGCAGGACCAGCGGGUGGGCGAGCUGGGCGCCGUGGUCCACCGGCUGAACCAGCUCGGCACGGCCAUCAACGACGAGGUCAUCUACCAGAACGGGCUGCUGGACCAGGCCAACGACGCGGCCGACAGCCUGGGCCGCAAGCUCGGCGUGGCUAACAGACGCGCCAAGAACCUGUGACGGGUACCGCCGCCUCCCAAAAAGAUGGAUUGGGAUAUGGAUGCUUCGUCUUCGGUUUCUGCUGGGAGUGGCUCGUCCGGGACGACUCUCGUUGCGGUGGCGGAGGAGAAGAUGGAAGAGCAACAAACGGGAGGCGGCGUAAUGAACGCCGUGC